UUUUGACAGGGGGUUCUUCUCUCGCCAAGGUCAGAUGCGUGACUGGUGUGCACAUGUGUGGUCGACAUGCGACGAGGGGAUCGACGGGCAUCGUGAACAGAGAGGUCGCCUGUGUAGAUUAAUCUCGGGAUGUAUAUACAGGUAAUUAUAGAGACGGCAGAUGUACAUAUGUAUGUCCCUCUACACAAUUAUAAUAUAUCGACCAAUCUCCGAGUACGAGGAGGAGCAGAAGAGGAUAGAUGAGAGAUAUCGUGGAAAUCACACACAGUCAGGGCAGAGCGAAGAGGCGCAUCAUCAGCCCUGCCCUUUCCUGGUCGUAGAUGACACGCGCAUUAGCGACACGCGCACACACACACACACACACACACACACACACAACGCUGAGCAUAAGAAAAAAAAGAGAAGAGAGACGACGAAGAGGGCCAAGAGAAGAAGCAGCAGCAGCAGCAGCAGAAAACCCCCGCAGCAGCAGCACCGGGAGAGCGGCGCAAAAGUCUAAAUGAUGUGCGCAUCCCUGCUCGGUCGUGCCCACACAUGCACACCACGCGACGCGGACGGGCGCCCCAUCGUCCACU